GCACACAUAAAGUAUAGUAAUAUUCGUCUAGUUGUUUCCUUUGGCUAUUUGCUACAGUCUUAAGAGAAUGGCUGCUGGAAUAUCUUACCAGGCUAAUGGGGCUUUUCAAUCCCAUUCUUAUUUGAACAAUUUUAAUCAUCAGAAAAAGCUGAAGAACAAUAUAGUAAAACUGGUGACCAAGGAUUUUAUCAGCAGUAACUGCCUUUCAAGGCGGGUUUGUAGUGUAAUUCAAUCUUCAGCUUCUCAAACAUCAGUGAUUGAGACAGUGUCAUCCCCUUCAAGAAGCAAAACUAGGGACAGAGACAUUCACAAGAAAUCAAAUGAAGCUGCUUUGAUCCUUAUUCGACACGGUGAGUCCUUGUGGAAUGAGAAGAACUUGUUCACAGGUUGUGUUGAUGUGCCACUGAGCAAGAAGGGCAUAGAUGAAGCAAUUGAAGCUGGGAAAAGAAUUAGCAGUAUUCCUGUCGAUCUCAUAUUUACAUCUGCUUUGAUUCGUGCACAAAUGACAGCCAUGCUUGCCAUGACACAUCAUCGUCGUAAGAAGGUGCCUAUCAUAAUGCACAAUGAGAGUGAACAAGCAAGGGAAUGGAGUCAAGUUUUUAGUGAAGAUACAAAACGGCAAUCCAUUCCAGUCAUAGCAGCCUGGCAAUUGAAUGAAAGAAUGUAUGGAGAACUACAAGGUCUCAAUAAGCAAGAAACGGCAGACAAAUAUGGGAAAGAACAAGUCCAUGAGUGGCGCCGGAGUUAUGACAUACCUCCCCCAAAUGGUGAAAGUUUGGAAAUGUGUGCUCAAAGGGCAGUUGCCUAUUUUAGAGACCAAAUUGAACCUCAACUUUUAUCAGGAAAGAAUGUUAUGAUUGCAGCCCAUGGGAAUUCUCUGAGAUCCAUUAUCAUGUACCUUGACAAACUAACUUCCCAACAGGUGAUUAGUUUAGAAUUGUCAACUGGAAUUCCUAUGCUUUAUAUUUUCAAAGAAGGAAGAUUCGUUAGGAGGGGAAGUCCAAUAGGACCAACUGAAGCUGGAGUUUAUGCCUAUACUGGGGGUUUGGCCCUUUACAGGCAGAAGUUGGAUGAUAGGUUCCAAUAAUGUUUUUUAAGUUAAUAUGUCACGUGUUAAUCAGCAAUACAGUAGGGUUACAUAUGGGGAAAAAAAUAAAAGACUUUAUCAUUGUUAAAGUUACAUAGCAUGAAAAUCUGCGCGUCUUUUGGGGG